AUGGGCAAGCGACACGCCACCGAGGCGCUGGAAGAUCUACAGGGUGUCGCCUCACCCUCGUCGAAACGUUCACGAACGCGCGAGGCCGAAUCGCCCACGGAAGGCGGCAGUAUAGCAGGCGCAUUGAACCACGGUGAUGCGAACAGAUACACGGCGGCGACGGCGACGGGUGGCGACGGCGAAGAGGACGAGGACGAGUUUGAAGGCGCAAACGCGGCGCCCACAACGGCACCGACGCGGCAGGCCAACCCGACCGCCGGCUACGACGACCUGUAUCUCGACACAAUUAACCGCAACGUGCUCGACUUCGACUUUGAGAAGCUGUGUUCGAUAUCGCUCUCCAACAUCAACGUCUACGCGUGCCUGGUGUGCGGGCGCUACUUUCAAGGCCGCGGGCCCAAGUCGCACGCCUACUUUCACUCGCUCGACGAGGACCACCACGUCUAUAUCAACCUCGAGACGCAACGGGUCUACGUGCUUCCCGAGGGCUACGAGGUCAAGAGCAAGGCGCUCGACGACAUCAAGUACGUGUCGGAUCCGCGGUACACCAAGAAGGAGGUGAUGCAGCUAGACCGCGCCGCCGGCGCCCGCAAAAAGAGCUGGACGCUGGGCGGCAAGGAGUACGUGCCGGGCUUUGUGGGCAUGAACAACAUCAAGGAAAACGACUACCUCAACGUCAUCGUGCAGGCGCUGUCGCACGUCGCGCCGCUGCGCAACUACCUCCUCCUCGACGACUUCUCCGGCAAGUCGGAGCUGGUCAAGCGAUGCAGCAUCCUCUUCCGCAAGAUUUGGAAUCCGCGGGCGUUCAAGUCGCACGUGUCGCCGCACGAGCUGCUGCAGGAGAUUGCGCUGCGCUCCAACAAGCGCUUCACGCUCACGGCGCAGUCGGACCCCGUCGACUUCCUCUCGUGGUUCCUCAACUACCUGCACCUUGGGCUGGGCGGCAGCAAGACGCGGCCGGGCAGCUCCAUGGUGCAGCGCGCCCUGCAGGGCCGCCUCAAGGUCGAGUCGCAGGCCAUUACGGCCCGCGCCGACGCCGGCGACCGGCUGCGCUUCGAGGACGCCGGCGAGGUCAAGGUGGACAUUGUGCGCUUCCUGCUCCUGACGCUGGACCUGCCGCCGGCCCCGCUCUUCCAGGACGAGCUGGAGCGCAACAUCAUCCCGCAGGUGCCGCUGGCCGCGGUCCUCGCCAAGUACGACGGCCGCUCGGCGCAGGAGCACCACGCGCAGCGCAAGCGCUACCGCCUGCUGCACCCGCUGCCCCCGUACCUCGCGCUGCACGUCAAGCGCUUCAGCCAGAACAAGUUUGUGGCGGAGCGCAACCCGACCAUUGUCACGUUUGACGCGCGCGGCGGCCUCGACCUCGCGCCGUACGUCGAACCGUGCCCGGACGCGUGGCCGCCCGGCGAGCCCAUCUGGUACGACCUCGUCGCAAACGUCGUCCACGAGGCCGUCCAUACCAAGGAGGACGUGGCCGACACGGGCGAGGAGCGCCGCACUUGGAAGGUCCAGCUGCGCGACAAAGCGACGGGCGAGUGGGUUGUCGCCCAGGACCUCUUCGUCGACAAGGUCCAGAGCGAGCUGCUCUACCUGGGGGAGUCGUAUCUGCAGAUCUGGGAGCGCAGAAGAGAGCCUGCGGGCAAGGGCAAGUCAAACGCAAAGUAG